UGCACUAAAUGUUUUUUCGGUAUCCAUAGAAACGUAAACGGAAACAAAAACUGAAUGUUCGAAUGUUGAAACAAUGUGAAAAUACAAUUUUAUGAAUUAUCAUCAUGUUUUUGCAUCUAAACAAGAAAAUAUCGAUUCCAAAUUGUUCUCAAGUACGAUGUAUUGCUUGGAGUUGGGAACAUGAAUUUAUUGCUUGUGGUGGUGAAGCCGGUAUGCUGAAAGUGAUUAAAUUGGAAUCAAAUGUCAAUCAACAUCAAACAUCGAAAAAUGAUCUAUCGAAAAAUUUAUCAGUGAAUCAAACGCUAGAAAGCCAUAAAGCAACUGUUGAAAGUGUCUGUUGGAAUGAAAAAUUUCAAAAACUUACAUCAAGUGACGCGAAUGGUACGAUUAUUGUAUGGAUGUUCUACAAAGGAAUGUGGUACGAAGAAAUGGUGAAUAAUCGACAAAAAUCUCUGGUCACCGGAAUGGCUUGGACACAUGAUGGAAAUAAAAUAUGCAUCGUUUAUGAAGAUGGUGCAAUAAUAACCGGAUCUGUUGAUGGUAGCCGAUUAUGGGGAAAAGAAUUGAAAAAUAUUAGCCUCAAUAAAGUGGAAUGGUCACCAGAUGGAAAAAUUAUUCUUAUCGGCACGAAAGACGUCGAGAUUCAUGUAUUUGAUCAUGUAGGUAAUUUUUUGAAAAAGAUGUCAUUGAAUCAUACGGUGGUGGCCAAAGCAGCAGAAAAGUUGAUUGCCAUUAAAUGGUUCAAGAAUGGCACCACCUCGAAUCAUUAUCCACGUCGAUUGAUCAUUGCAUUCGAUAAUGGUGUCAUUCAAUUGAUGCGAAAUGAAUCAGAUUACAAUGCAAAAUUAAUUUAUUGUGAAAUGGGAAUCACAUCGAUUGAAUGGAAUUAUAAUGGCGAUAUGUUUGCUGUUACUGGAUCAACGGGUAACAAGAAUUUUAUCAAAAUUUACAAUGAUCAAGCUCAACUAUUGACUGUGACGAAAAUUCCCGGAAAUGAAGUUUAUGAUUGUUCAUGGGAAAAAAAUAGUCGAAAAUUGGUUUUGGCUGUCGAUUCAUUCAUGUAUUUCGCCAAUUUAAAAUGUCGAAUCUCUUGGUGUUUUCUAUCGAAUUCAAUAGCGUUCCUGAGAAACAAUUUCGAUGACGAACAAAAGAAAAAAAGAUCGUUGAUGUUUUGGGAAUUGAAAACAAAUAAACGUAAUGAACGAUCGGCCGAUAAUUUUAUUCAGAUGGCUUGCUGGCAUCAUUAUUGUGUUGUCGUCGAUAAGAUGGAUAAGUUGCAAUCCAACAACAACAAAAACAACACUCUGGAGAACAAUCAAAGCAGCAGCAAUAAAGAUGUUUAUUGUUUGAACUUGUAUAAUUCGAUUGGAACAUUGAUUGAUUAUCAUCUUACCGAUUUGCAGCAAAUCAAAUUCUGUUGUAUGAAUUCAAAUCGUGUAAUAGUCGCAUCGGAUAAUUCAUUCUACGUUUGGCCUUUUAAACAGCUUUAUAAUGCAAAUAGCUUCAAAAGUCUGGCAUUUUAUAGUGACAAUUUGUAUCAAGAAUUGACACAAAAUAUCGCCAAUGACAACGAUUUAAUGGCAGGCGGUAGUGUUGGUGUCAAAUCCAGACGACAACAGCAAUCAUCAUCCACUUCAUUCGUCGUGGUUGUAACCGAUAAUGACAAUAUUUCCUGUGUGACAGUAUCGGAAAAGUUUUUUAUUGUUGGUUUUGAAUCGGGAAUAAUCAAUCAAUAUCUAUUGCCAAAUGCCAGCUUCAUUAACAAGAUCCAGUUGGACGCGAGUCCUAGUCGUAUGGCGUUGAACAAGAAUUCAACAAAACUUGCCUUAACUGAUCGAAAUUCACGAUUUUAUCUAUAUGAUUUUGAAGCCAACAAUGAACAAACUUGGACCGAAGGAAAUUGGAUUGAAAUAAGCAACACCGUUGCUAAAUUGACGGAUAUCUGGGAUUUCAAAUGGGAGACGGAUAAUAAUGAUUUGAUUGUUUUAUUGGAGAAAAAUAAAUUUAUUGUCAUCAAUCUAUAUAAAGGUGGCGUGAAAAUAUUGGAUCCAAUUUUGUUCGAUGGCUAUUUGUGCUCAUUUCAACAACUGUCAAUACAGACCAUUGCAUUGGAUCAAUUGAUUGUCGACAUUAAUAAUCACUUGGAUAAUUUGGACGUAAAUGACUACAUUGUGAAUAUUCCCAGUCAUUAUGUGAAUGAAAUUAAGAAUCUUAUUAAUGAAAAAGAUUCCAUAACCGAUGCAAUCAAUUAUGCUGUAAAAAUUCCGGAAUUACCAUCAUUAUGGACAAUAGUGAGCAAUGAAUGUUUGAAAAAUUUGGAUAUCGAAACAGCAUAUCUGGCAAUGAUUAAAAAUCGUGAUUAUAAAGGAUUACAAUUCUUGAAACGUUUAAAUAGAAUUAAAGAUUUGAAUUUGAAAAAUGCUGAAGUUUGUGCCUAUCAAAAUCACAUACAACAAGCAGAAUCCUUAUAUCUACAAGAAUUGGAUCGACCUGAUUUAGCUGUCUAUCUGAAUAAAAUGAAUGGAAAUUUUGAAAGAGUCAGAACAUUAUUAGAAAAAUACAACAAUUUGGCAAAUCACGACAAAGAAAUGAAAGAAUGUUAUAUGAAUCUAGGUGAAUAUUAUCAAGACAAUUAUCAAUGGCAACAAGCCAUUCGUUAUUACGAGAAAAUCAAUGCCUACGAUCAAUUGGCUGAAUGUUAUAUCAGUGAACAGAAAUAUGAUGCUCUUGUAACAUUAGUGGAUAAAGUAAAUGAUGAGAAAAUAUUGCUUCAAAUGGCAAUGUUUCUUGAAUCCCUAGGAUUCUGUAAAGAUUCAGUUCGAGCCUAUAUUCGAGCCAAUAAUUUCGAAAUGGCUACCAAUGCUUGUGUGAAGCUAAGUGAAUGGAAAAUGGCCACUGAAUUGGCUAAUCGAUAUAAAACGAAAAACGUUGAUAUGCUUCUGGAACAAUAUAUUCAACAUUUGGAAACGGAUCAUAAAUACAUGGAAAUGAUCCAGGUUUAUAGAAAUGCAAACAUGAUUGAUAAAGCUGUGGCCAUCAUUAUAAAAUUGAUUGAUGAAACCAAAAAAAUGGAUAACAAUGAUGGUGCAAGUUUAUUGAAAAAAUUACAUCUUCUCAUUGGCAUUAUUUAUGAGGAAAACAAAUUGAAUAAUCAAAAUUCUGGCAGAAACAACAAACAUGAGACACUGGAUGAGCUACUAUCACAGAAUGAUAUAUUUGCCAAUGGCACAGAUCAACAGCAUCAACCGAUCAUCAGUACAGAUCCAUGGAAAGGUGCUGAAGCUUAUCAUUUCUAUCUGUUAACACAACGUAAUCUUUAUCGUGGAAAAUAUCAAUUAGCCAUGAAUUGUGCAUUGCAUCUACAGGACUAUGAAGAAUAUUUGACUGUUCAACAGAUUUAUUCAUUGCUUGCUUUGGCCGCAUACGCAAACAAAUGCUAUGAUAUUUGUUCGAAAGCAUUCAUCAAAUUAGAAUCAAUAGACAAUGAACAACAAUGUAAGUGGAAUUCAUGUAUAAAUGAUUUAUUCAAUGUUAAUACAACAUCAACUAUUACAACAAUGGCGAAUGAGGAAAAGAAAAGAAUUGAAUAUGAACGAAUGGCCGUACAAAUUUUUCUCAAGAAUUCUCCUGAUGAAAAUAGUAGUAGUAAUAAUGUUUCGACAAAUAUUUCAUGUAAAUUCUGUGGACAAUCAAUACCGGAAUAUAGUGCGACGUGUCCAAAAUGUCAGACAAAAUUUCAUGCUUGUGUUGCCACUGGUAAAUCCAUUAUUGAUCAACGAAAAAAUUGGACAUGUAAAAGAUGUCGACAUCACGCCAUCCAAGAGGAGAUUGUCUCCUAUACGAAUUGUCCACUUUGUCAUGUCAAAAUUUAA